UUCAACUUUUUAUUUUUUAAUUUUGGCCCUUUUUAUGUCAAAAUUAUUUUCUGAAAACUCACCACUAAACGCUGUCGUUUUGCUUUUGGGUCGUAGCACAGACAGCCGCACCAAUUUAUUGCGAGGAAGAGAGAGAGAGAGAGAGAGAGAGAGAGAGAGAGAGAGAGGUUGUUCCUCCAUUCGAGAUAGGUUGAGAUGGGGCAUAGAGAAGCUGCCGGUGACGCCACAAGGAACAGCGACUUGGAUAUCGGCCCCGCCGGCGGCGGCGGCGGCGACGGCGGGUUGCGGAGUUUUCCUCUGGCGGCUCAGCCGGAGAUAAUGAGAGCAGCUGAGAAGGACGACCAGUACGCUUCUUUUGUCCACGACGCCUGCCGGGACGCCUUCCGCCAUCUCUUUGGUACGAGAGUUGCUGUUGCGUACCAGAGUGAGAUGAAACUAUUGGGGCAGAUGCUCUACUAUGUCUUAACAACUGGUGCAGGGAAACAGACCUUAGGAGAAGAAUAUUGUGACAUUACGCAGGUUGCAGGGACCUAUGGACUCCCUCCAACCCCCGCUAGGCGUUCACUUUUUAUUCUUUAUCAGACAGCAUUCCCUUAUAUUGCUGAGAGGAUAAGUGCCCGUAUUGCUUCCCAGGGCAUCACCAUGGAUUAUUCACUGCCUGAUGAUGUCAUCAACAAUGAGAAUAUCUUAAAUGAUCAAAUUCAGGCGUCUGCUAGUGCAGAAAUGUCGUCAUCCUUGAAUUUGGGCGCACGAGUUUCAGCUUGGUCGAGAUUGAGAGCUCGGAUUUAUGGGUUAUGGUUGAAUGCAGUUCGGAGGUGGCCCUCAGUUCUUCCUAUAGCCCGCGAGUGUUUCAUGUUGGUUCUCCGCACAAACCUCAUGUUUUUUUAUUUUGAAGGAAGAAGUUUACCUGUCUUAAACGAGGAAGGCAAUCUGAUAACUGAGGACUCUGUAAAGGUUAGCCAGGUUGCAACAUCUGCAUCUACUUCAGAGCCUCAAGUAAGUAGCCUGAGCAAAUGCACACUCUGCCUAAGCAAUCGGCAGCACCCAACAGCUACUCCUUGUGGUCAUGUAUUUUGCUGGAACUGCAUCAUGGAAUGGUGCAAUGAAAAGCCUGAAUGCCCACUGUGUCGUUCGCCCGCGACUCAUUCGAGUCUACUGGCCCACAAGAAAUUGGAAACAGUCAAAGUGCAGCCCAUGUUAAUUGAGGGCUUACAACAAGCACUAGAUCAACGAAGAAGCUCUGCAGUAAGAGUGAAGGGGAACGCAUAG